CGAUCGGGUCUUCCAGUGCAUGUCGGCGCUCAGUCCGUCCGGCCACUCACUUCAUCGAUUGAGCAACACAUUAUGUCUUGGUGUCGGAUUUUAUUUCCAAGACAUCAUUUAGAAGGCAGAAGAGCUUCGCCUGGACUCGUAAAGAUGAGAUUUAAAGCAAGUGGAGGCAGUGAUGUGGCGAGGUCGUGCGAUCAAUUGGCGUCGCGGCUGUGCACUGUCGCAGGACGGGUCGGCAAGGAAUGUAGAAAGCUUUGAACCCGAUGAACUCUUCAAUCAAGUAUUAAUGCGAGCGCACCAGAGUGCGGGGCCAGAGAUCCGCCUUCGUAGUGCGAGCGAAGCCAGGGGGCUCAAGUUGAGUGGUGGUUGAGCGAGAAGGCUUAUUUUACCGGCAGACACCGUGAGGGGAUGGCCUCCCGGCCUCACAGCAGUGAAUUCAGCUGUGUUUUGAGGGCUGACGAACGACUGGGUCCUUUCGCUAUCAUCAUCGACGACAUGGUUCGAGGCCUUAGCACCAACGGUCAAGUCAACACCGACCAGUUUUGUUACUUCUUGUGCCGAGUGUUUGAACAUCUGGGAUCUGACCCUUCCCUUCAGCCCAGCCUCAUGAAACUGCUGACAGCCGGCGAAAACACGCCGUUGUCUGGAGAACUCGAUCACUGCGGCAGAUGUGUCCUCAAGUCGGCGGCUCUCCGUCAUGCCGGGCUGCCCGUGCUAAAAUGGCUACAAAGCAGACGACUGCUCGACAUUCAUGUCAUCGACAACAGAGAAGAAAAUGCCAUCUUUGAAGUCUUACGACGAACGGGUUCAGCAGAGGAGGAGGAUGGCGAGGUGCUGGACUGGGUGCUGCAGCAGCACGUGCAGCCUGCGCGGCAGAACGCCUUGGGUCUGCAGCCGGUCCACGCGGCAGCGCUGCACCUGAAGGCCAGGGCGGUGCUGCAGCUGUGUCGCGCCGGCGUCGAUGCCAACGCCCUGACGGACGGCGACGUCAGCCCCACGCUGCAGCAGCUGGUGUCCUUCCACACCGACGACCCUUACGUCAUGGGCGUGGCCGGCUCCACCCCGCUGCACCUGGCCUUCUACACCCGGCAGAGCAUCAGCCAGGACCUCGUGGCCGUCCUCAUCGCUUGCGGCGCCGACGUCACCCGCCGCAACUGCCGCGGCUCCACCCCCGUCUCCGUCCUCUUCGACUGGGAGAGCUUCUACAGCGCCGGCCACCCGCUGCACACCUGCAGCCUGCGUGUGUGGCGCGAGGUGCUGCACGCCUUCGUCGCCAAGUUCGGCUUGCUGACCCUGACCCUGGGGGCCCGCCAGGCGGUCAGCGGCCGGCGCUGGGGGAGCGUGCUGCAGACGCUGCGAGAGGAUGGCGCCGCCAUGGACUUCGUGCCCUCGCUCAAGACCUUCUGCUGGCUGGCCGUGCGCCGCGCGCUGGGAGGGAUGCACUUCCAGGACAAGGUCGACACUCUGCCCCUCCCGGGGCGUGUGCGUCACUUCCUGACGGUCUUGUGACACGCUGCCCUGCCGCCGCCCGCCCGUGCUUCUCCCCUCCCCUCUCUUGACCUCCACGGUCACCGCUUCCAGCCCUAUAUGCGGGCCCGCGGACCGACUGCAUCCCGCUGACGACCUCGGCACUCCGCCUUACUCCACUCUCCUCCUCUUUUAAAUUAAAACUGGCAUUUGACUGGCAUUUGACUGGGAGGCGUUUGUCUCAAAGCUGUCAUGGCUUACAUUUACGUGUUCACUUCUCUGUCCAGCACAACCGUUACAAACUUUUGUUUCGUGGGUUUCUUUUUUUGUUUUCUGUUGUUUGUUUGUUUGUUUAAAGGUUCAGAGACUAGUUUGAGAUUGUGUUUGGUCAAAUCUUCUGGCAUUCCUUGACUGCAGUUUGUGAUUUGUGAUAGUUGACUGUUUGCUCAUCGAGAGGACGCGACUCUUGUCAUCCACAUCGUCAUCCACAAGGCUCUCUCCACGUUUUAGUGAAGGACUUGUAUCUGAAAUAUAUAUAUUACUGUAUAUUACUGUCGUUUACUACCGGAUACAUAUUUGAGUUUAGUUUAUCGUCCCUUUGACGUACCAAACGCACAAUUUUUCUUAAUUAUAUUCCACUACUUUUUUUCCCCCUCGCCCGCGACGGAUGCGAACCGAGAGCUGCCCGACCUUUGGAGGUACUCGAGGCGAAGACAUUACGGAGGGCGCUAAUGAUUGAGACUGUUUUUACCUAACCAUGACAUUUGUGGUCGUCGUUCAUUUGCUGCAUUUAUUGUUCAUGUCUGCGAGUCGUUAUUUUGUGCCGAAAGGCUCAAAGCGAGACGAGAGAGGGAAGAAAAAAAUGUUUACUGUUUUACGAUUUCUUGCUUAAAGAAAGACAUUUGUCGAGGUCUGGAGAAAAAAAAGUUCCAACAACACUGCACGAAAAAAAUGUCGUAGGAAGUUAGAGGCAAGUUCACCCAUGUAGGAUUGUCAGCUACCAGACUGGAGGGUACGAGGGGUGGGUGGGUGAGACGUGGUGACUUGGCUUGAAGACGAUGUCAUCUGCCAGGUGCCCGUUACCAUCAAGGUUAGUCAAGCGUGACACAGUUGUCUGUUUGGGCAGCAAACUGUUAGUAGUAACAAGGUAACAUAGACAGAAACAAGGGCUAGCCGCCUGACAGACAUGACAACAAUAAUAACAAGCUUACCCGUACAAAGGACACCCUUGUUCACUAGGACAUUGAUGUCGGGUACGUGGCUGUAACGCACACCCUGGUGCUGCCAGGUAGACGUCACCUCACUGCCUCGCGGAUUUUUCUACUUUCUGUCUCGUUUUGUACCAAUACAAUCUCCCUGAGGGCAGAAAGUAUUCCCGGGGUGUGGGUGUGGGUGUGGGUGUGGGUGGGAGUAACUUGAUGCCCAUAGAAUAGUGUGGUCAAGUGAGUGCGCCGUGUAGGGGACGAGUUGUGCAAGGUGUUUGCGGAUGUUUCAAGCAGGAAUCGUUUUAUUUUUAUUUUUUGCGCACGAUGUGGUCUGUAGGCGUGAUGUGGCCAUCAGCUUCAGGUGGCAGAGGGAGGACCUACUGCCCCCGUGCUCGGUGUGGUGAUGUGUGGGCGUCAUGUCGACAUCAGCACCUGACGGCGUCUCACGUGCAGCUGGCCUCUCGUGUGUAGUGUGAGAGGGUCACACACUGACCUCUCACCUGUCAGCAUCACAUAUGUGUGCCUCUGAUACAUUGUUUAUAUCUGUGUGUUCGGGGCGGCGUGUGGUCAGUUCUACUGUAAAGUCGGCGCUCGUUGCUGGCGCACUCAAAGACUGUUGCCAGUCGUAUUGACGAUGACAUCAUGUCUUCAGACAGAAGUAAUCCGGCAGCCAGUCACAGGUGCUUUAGAGAAUAAUAAUAAUAAUUAUCAUCUCACAAUUAUUAUUAUUAUUCGCGUUGUGAUCGCCGCUUGCCAUCUUGUAGCGGAAUCUAAAGCCCUCGUGGCACUCCACACAUUAUCAGAUGUCACUAGCAACAACGGAAAGUACAGUAUGUAAUUCUAUGAUGCUAAUAAAUAAUAAAAGGAUAAAAAUAAAUCCUGCUCGGGUUAAGCGCAAGCACAAUUCCUCGAUUCUGUGCUAGGGUGAGCCAGGAAUGAACUUACCUGUCGCACUGAUGUUUGCUUCCACUAAUUGUUUGCGGGCGCAUAGUGAAGACAAUUAUUUCUAUGGGUUUUUAGUUAAUUUCAAAACAAAACAAAAAAAGUGCGAUGCUUUUGUUGGAAACUGCUGUUGUGAUAACGUCGCUCACCACAAGUAGAGGACACGGACGAGGGGAACGAUAAUGUACAUACAUGGUGCGGACGGUGCUGUGUCCGAUGUCAGGUGGGCUGUCGGUAGUUGGCUAACACCCGCCGUGUGUGUGUGUGAGAGAGAGUGAGAGAAGAAGCCAACAACCGACUAUGUCGGGGCCUUUUAGUCUCCUACACAACUGUAUCAUGACGCACGCGCCCACAUCGUCUGCUGACGUGUCCAUGCCACGCCCCUGGUCAGUGUGACGUUCUACCUGCUGGCUACGGGCGCACGUGUGUGAGUGGGUGUGCGUCUGUGUAGCUUUCAGACAGCACAACCAGAAAAACUAAACUAAACUAUGAAUUUAUUUUGUGUGUGAGUGCGCGCGCACGAUAAAGUGGACGUUGCGGUUGAUGACGUUCGUUGAGUGCGUUGACGGCCGCCAUUACAGCAGUCACGUGGUAUGUGCCUACGUCUUACUGUGAUAGUAUGUGUGUGUGUGAAUGUCUUACAUGUAUUAUCAUGCUGUGGCAGAUGAACUAGCCGGUCGCCCUACCAUCCUUGUCAUUUGUAACGGCCUCUCCCUACUUCUCUCCCUCUCUCACACUUUAUUCAUUUCACUUCUCUACAACCUCCAUUACAUCCUGUGUACCCCUCACCCCACCCCAGGUGGCAUACAGCGUGGACUGGAAGGUUUCGGCCAUAUUUGCAGUUAUUGUCUCAUUGGUGUCGCAUUUACAGUUAGGUACUUCAUUCAUCCAUUUAUUUAUUCAUCGUCUGCUAACUUUACUAGAUUGUUUUUAAGCUAGACUCGAGACGAUGGCUGACAUGAAUCACAUGGUUAGCUGGGAUAUAUAUCACACAGUGUGAUUUCACGGGAAUGUGUCGCCAGUGUCUGGUGACGAACUGCCGGUUAGUGAAUCCUCAAGUAGCGAGUGUUAGCAGAGCAUGGUGUCCAUGGAAACACUUGGUACAGCCACGUGACAUCGCCAUGCACGUGCAUCCACAAGGCUGCUGGGGUCAAAAUCCCUCUGUGCUCUGACCUCAGCCUCGUUCUCACCUACAGGAGUGUGAGUUACGCACGGUGAACCACUCACCACCGGCCAUGGGAUCUUUAUUUAAAGAAAGCAGCGCUCAGCUGUUGAGGGGAGCUACUUGGUGAUGGAGACCCUGGUCAUGAUUAACCUUUAGAGAUGUUUGUGAGGUCACCGACAUCGCGAGAACAGCCUGACUAGUGCUUGUUGAUCGGGCCAGUCUGUUGUUGUUUACUACAUGAGUCUGCUUUGUCAUGUUUCUGUUUACUAGAUGCAAGUCUGUUAUGUUUACUACACAAGUCUGUUGUCUAUGUUUGUGUUUACCAGACUCUUCUGAUGAGUGAAAGUACUAGCGGAAUGCAGGUGAAUUGAAACUCUCGUCUCUGUCUCUCAUUUUUAUUUGCAGGCAAAUAGUUUGAAGAAGCGAGUUGAAAGAAUCCGCAAUGAAUGUUUACAUGUGGCGGAGAACAUUUGUGUUACAAGUACGAUGCCAUGUGAGAGAGUAGACAACAUGUCAUGUCGGCCAAUAAAUGAGCAUCGGACUUGUUAUGUACAAACAAACAAGCGCGCGCUUACAUUCAGUGUACACACAAACCCUCAGACUUCUCAUGCCAGCCUCUGGAGGUGAUGUUACUGUCACGGAGCUUUGUUAGAACACAAGUUCUGUCAUUGCAGGUUUGGAUGUAGUGAAAACUAGUCACGAGCCGCUGGCUUUCAUCAUUGUUUUCCCUUUUCUCUCGCCUUCCCCAUCUUUCUGGUUGGUGUACUUGCUGAGCAUUUCCACCAUUGGUGACCGCUUCAACCACCACCACCACCACCACAAAAGAUAAAAGAAAUAAAUACCGAUACGACUGAUUAUCCAGUGACAACAGCUGGGCCAUGGCUACCCCUAGCUAACCCACUGACCAUAGCUGGCCCAUGGCUACUCGUUUGUUUUCUGCCAGGCCACAACUGGAGAGGGGGACAAAUCACUUGUGGCCGAUUCCUUGGCUGUCCUCUCACCCGAUGGAGAAGACAAGUGAAGUGAGAAGAAAUCAGUGCUUUCCAUAAGUUUAUUGUCUGUCAUACACAUAAACUAAGCGGCCGCCAUCAUCACCCACAGUUUGCCACUUUGUAGAAAUAUUGGCUGAUGGGACCAAUGAGUGUUCACACCAAACAUCCUUCUUCCUUCCAUCAUCUGUCUCUCCCCCAGCCUGCGGUCACUGAGCGAAACAUCGUCUGUAGACUGGCGAUCCUGUCAGUUGUUGUGCAGAGCUGUAACUGUACAAAUAUCAACAUGCGCUUGUUUGUAUUUCACGUGGACAGGGGCAGUGAUUCAAAUAAUAAAUAAUAAUAAAGUAUACCAGUCACGCGCUUCGCUGCAAGUCGUCUCCUCUGUGAAAGCGGAAUAACUCGUGAAGGACUGACAUUCCCCCACCUACCUACCCAUCCACCCUGUCUCACCACAUGAUACCCGUGAACUGUCCACAGACCAGUCGUACACAGCCUACUGUUGAGUGUUUUUCUUCAUCUAGUGAGUUCGUGCCCCUGUCUGUGUGAACUGCGGGAAGUGAGAGUCGAACCGGCUGAGCGACUGACUUGUGUUCUGUGUGCGGAUGUUGGAGGAAAGAUGGAGUCUUGAUCACUGUACUGCAACUCUUUGACCGUUGAACACAAAUGUAACAAGAGAAAAUAAUAAAUAUUCAACUUAUUA